AUGAGCACUGAAAAGAUCCAAGAGGUGAUUGAACGCGAGCGCAAUAUUUCAAACACCAUUGACCCGCUUUCUAUCCCGGAUGGUGACCCCCAACUACAACUAAAAUGCAACUUAUAUAUCCAUCAGCUAAUAAAAGAAUGGGAAACCACUUCCGACCCUCCAUAUCUACCUGAAAGGCUACCAGAAGUGAAGCGGAAUUUACUGCCGCUAUUAGUACAGCUACGAAAGUCUACACUGCCCACAAAUCUGCUGACAACCCUUGCUUCCAUCCUGUACCAUCUACAGCAGUCAGAAUACGACAACGCCAACCAGAGGUACAUGGAUCUUAGUAUUGGUAACGCAUCCUGGCCUAUUGGGGUUGCUUCGGUGGGUAUUCAUUCCUCUAGCAACACUAGUACAGCGCUAGGUGCCGCAAGGGCGAAUGUUAUGAAGGACAAGACUACAAAAGAUUGGAUUUUACAGAUAAAACGUCUCAUUACCUUCAGCGCGGCUUUUGACAACGCCGAGAGUUCAUCAGAAGACGACCAGAGUUAG